AUGGGAAACGGAUGUUCUUGUAGCAAAACUUUGCUUUUUGGUAGUUUGAAGUCUAAAGAAAACGAAAACGGAAGGGGAGCCGAGAAAAUAGAAAACCGAAACGACGGUAAAACGUCUACCGAAACGAGGACGGGCACUUUUAAAGAGGCCGUGAAAAGCACCGUAGACAUUGAUCCAUGCGAAAAAGACGACACAGUCAUCCAGAAAGUGAAGGAAAUCAAGGUGUUACCUCCGAUUCGUAACAAAGGGAACGCUUUGCCUCAUAUUUCAUAUAGGCCCAACAGGGUCUGGGGGGGGAGUGUCGGCUCGUUUUUAGAUACAAUCAAACGUGAUUCAAUUGUCGAUGAAGAUAUCAUUACAGGUAGGCAA